AGAUGCCCGGGACUUAGACAGUCCUCACAGCGCUUGCCUAUCAGCCGCCUGCGCCGUUCGCGAUACCAACUGCCUUUCUUUCACCAACUAAUCCACAGAUUUCGUAGCUGCUGGUAGACGUACGUAGUUAUCAAAACAUACAAAUCUGGACAUAAUCCCUGUGAUAAAUAAUAGCUCUCCCAAGCAAAUUUAGGUCGCCCGGUUUGAUGUUAACAGCGGGGUAUUUUAAUACUUGUUCGUGUAGUUCAACGAAAGCAACUACGCCGAGAGUUUAACAUUAUCUAAUGAUUAAUUGUGAAUAACAUCCCGUAAACUUUGUAGAUUCCUGUUCUUGUCGGCGACAUCUGUGGUGUGAAAUUAUACUAGAUAUAGAAUGCAUUGAAGUGAACUAUUUCAGGCAGUGGCAUUUUAGUGAAAUUGACAUUUGAACAGUGCGUUUCCAUUCAGAGAUAUCAUGCAUCACCUUUAUCCGUUAGCGAAAGGCGAUCCCUUGUGUCCACUAGGUUUUCACCCGCAGGUGCGAUGGCCAACGCGAUGCAAGCGAUGUUUUCGCGAUUACAAGGAACACGGGGGACGUAAGAGAGAGGAUGAUUUCACAGUAUCAACACCAAGCCUCUCGACUUUCAGCUCGCCAGCGUCACGCUCACGUGAUGAGGAUAAUGGCGCAGACCGUGAGAGGUCGAACCGAGGCUGGUCUUCCAGCGUUAACCUCAGCUACAACGAACCAAGCAAGAAGGACGCAUCCACAGGUGUCAACAAAGGCAGCGCUUCCUGGACUUCGUCCCCUGACUUGGCCAACGAAAACGAAACAGUGACCGCUGUUACUGUAAACUUGAAGUUACCCAAGCGAAGAAAUACGGGACCACUGCCUUCUAUUGACACUGGCCAGAGUACCACUACGGAAUCAGUUGUUGUUCGGCGUCCAUCACCUUCACCAUCGCCAUCACCGUCGACCACAGCACAGAUCACUAUCAACAAAAAUGACUCACUUGCCGAGAGAGUAAGAAAGAUGCAGCUAAUGAAGGCGCAAAGUAGUUUUGAGAAAGAGUCAAGUGCAGAGAAAGAACGAGAAAGAAGAUCGGCGUCUCGAAGUAAGGAAGAAGAGAAACAGGUGAAAUCUCGAGAAGAGAAAAUAACACUUAGAGACGAUGUUAAUUUCAUGAUUCAGGUGAAAAAUAAUCGGAGCGUCUCACAAUCUAAACCUCCGAGAAAGGGAGGUCCUUCUCGUGAUAAAGAAGAGACUUCAGAUGACGACAACAGCGUCGCCGGCACAACAACUACAGACACAGAUACAACAUUAGUGGAUCUCAACGUUAAAGAAUAUCAGGACCAAAUAGAUAGCCUAAAACAGGAAGUAGAUUUACUCAAAAAGCGGUGUGAAAGAGUGGAAAAGGAAAAAAGUGACAUUUUAUUACGAAGGUUAGCUAACAUUGACACAGUUAAUAAAUACAGUAUUGGAAGAUCGUCGGAGGUUUUGAAAUUGCAACAAAAAGUUAACGACCUGAGUACGCAGAAUGAAGACUUAAAAGAUGAAAAGAAACAUUUAACGCUAAGAAUAAAAGAAGUGGAAUCAGAACUAGAGUCUCGUCCAUCCGUUGAAGCUCAAACUCGUCAAAUCGAACAGCUUAGAGCUAAAUUGCUUGCCGCUGAAACUCUUUGUGAGGAGCUGAUGGAUGAAAAUGAAGACAUGAAAAAAGAACUGCGUGAUCUUGAGGAAGAAAUAGAAGAAAUGCAAGACAAUUUCAGGGAAGACCAAGCAGAUGAAUACAGUUCAUUGAGAAGAGAAUUGGAACAAACAAUAAAGAAUUGCAGAGUUUUAUCUUUCAAAUUAAAAAAGACUGAGAGACGAAAUGAGCAGUUGGAACAAGAAAAGGCUGAUCAGGAAAAGAAGCUUUUAGAGAUUGUUGGUGGCAAAGAUGGUCUGCAACGUGAAAAUCGUAUCAAAGAGUUGGAACAAGAAGUGGCUCGUUCUACAGAAGUUUCCCUUCGACUACAACGCGAGUUAUCUGAAGCUAAACAAGCAGCAGCAUCUGGAGCGCCUCCUGCUAAUCUUAAAAAACAGCCAAAUGAAGGGCAAAAAGUCUCGCGCUCCUCACUCACCCGGGGCGGCAGCCAAGAAGAUCCAGCUCAACUCUUACGAGACUUACAGGAUUCUCUCGAAAGAGAAGCGGAUUUAAGGGAACAACUCCGUAACGCUGAGGAAGAGGCAAAUAACUUGCGUAAAACUGCGUCAAGAGUCGAGGACGACAAUGAGUCCUUACUACUACAGCUGAAGAAAAUGGCUACCAAAGCCAGAAGUCGUAAACUAUCUCCAACAGCUCCCACUAACAGACUUGCCAUUGAAGCACCAAAUGAAAAGGACGAAGGAAUAUCAGAUGAAGAAGAUCCUGCUGAACUUAGACUAUUAUUAGAACUAAAUGAACAGGAAGCGGCUGUAUUGCGAAAAAAAGUAGAAGAUUUGGAGCAGGAUAGGGAGGCAUUAAACAAACAAGUUAAAGAACUAAAAGAAAAAAUUUCAAAUGCCGCUACUAAGCCUAAUGCUAACUCUGCAGCUGCAAUGCGAAGAACAACAACUAAUAAAAGUAAUAACCUGGCUGAAGAAAAAGUUAAAGUAUUGGAGGAUGAAAUCGCGGAACUACGAAAAAAAUUGAUUGAAAAAGAAAGAGACUGUGAAAGAUUACACGCUGAAUUAAGUUUAACCCAGAAAAAGCCAAAGGGAUCUCUAAUAAAAAGCAAGUCGCUGGACGGUGAUCAACAAAAUGUAGAUUUAAAACGGCAGUUACAAGUGAUAGAACAAGAAGCAAAUGUAUUGAGGACAAAGACACAAAAUUUAGAAGCGGACAAUGAAAAACUUCAAGCAGAAAAUAAGAGGCUACAGCUCCUGAAAAAUACAAAAUCUUUAAAAAUAGACAAAUCUUUAGAAAUAUCUUCAAACAAAGUUAGUCAAUUAGAAAAUGAUUUAAAAGAUGCCUUAGCGAAAAUAAAAGACUUAGAAAACAAAGAUGAUAGAAAUGAAAAAAAAGUCAGAUUUAGCAACGAAAUAACUAAAAAAGAUGAGGAAAGCAUAAAAGCCAGACAAGAUGAGUUGGACAAAUUAAAAUUAAACUUCAGCAAGCUUGAAAAAGAAAAACUGAAACUUCAGACAUCUUUAAAAGAAUUGAAAGAUGAGGCAAUUAAAUCAUUCAAGCCGAGGACACCUAAAAAAAUAACAGAUUUGACAACAAAAUUACAAAUGAAGCGAAUGGUAGAAGAUUUAGAGAAUGAAAUAGGGGAAUUAUACGUUAUCAUGAAAAAUGCUGGUUAUUCAACAGCAGAUCUUGAUAUUAAAUCACAAAUGACUAAAGAUAUAGAGGACAUUAAAAAUAAAUUGUCUAAACAAGAUUCUGAUUUCACAAAUGAAAAGAAUCACUUACAAACGGAAAUAAGUAAAUUGAAGGAUUUAAACACCAAGCUGGAAUCAGAGAAAAAAAUAUUAUUAGAAAAAAUUAAAAAGCUUGAAUCAGGGAAUAACAGCAGUCUGAUUGAAUGCAAAACUUUGAAAGAGGAAAAGAUUAAACUGGAAACUCAAAUAAAUAAAAUAACAGCCGAUUUAAACAAGUUCGAUACCCAACAAACUGCGGUAGCAGACUGUAUGAAGAAAAUAGAAGAUCUCAAAAAAGAAAUGGACUGUAAAGAUAAAGAAAUAAACAAAUUAAAAAAACAAGUAGAAACCAAUACAAAGUUAGAGCAAGAGAAAAACAAAUUGCUAAAAGAGGUGACAGAAAAAACCAAGAAAAUCGCAGAGUUAGAGAAAAAACUCAAAGAAAUAGAAGAAAAAUGCAAAAAAUCAGAAAAACUACUAAACUCGCGCAAGGCGGUUGUUUCCAAAUUGGAAAAAGAAGAAGAUGCCCUCCGAGAGACUUCUAAUCUAAAGUAUGAUGAAGCUGUAUCGUCUAUCGAAUUAAAACAAGUACAAGAUAAACUCCAAAACAGUAAUAAGAAGUUGCAAGAAAAGGAAGCAGAAUUGGCAGCUGCUAAACAAGAAUUAGAAAAUGUGCAAAAGCAGUUAACUGUAUUACAAAGUGAAGUAACUAACACUAAAAAUGCACUCAAUAAAGCAGAAAAUGAUAAAAAUGACGCGGAAAAGAAAUUAGAAACUGAGAAAAAAGAUUCAAAAUACUGGGAAAGUAAAGCAUCUGAUUUUGAAUCCGAUUUACAGGCGGAAAGAAAAAAGAUAGAACGCAUGCGCAUAUCUCAUGAUAAGGAUAACAAAAAUAAAGAAGUUGAAUUAGCAACACUGAAGGGCAAAUUAAAAAUUCUAGAGCAAACAUCUGGCGCAGGUGCUAAGAGAAUAACUGAACUAAAGCAAGAGUUUGAAGACAAAAUGAAAGCCUUGGAGCAUACAAUAGCUGUUGAAAAAUCAGAAUAUGAAGAAUUAACCAGCAAAUAUGAAUUAUUAGAGGAAGAACAUGUAGUAACAAAGGCUCGGUUGACAGUCGAAAAGGAACAGGCGCAAGGAGACUUAUUACACGUCAAGAAAGAGUUAAGUGCCGCAUUAACAGAACUUCAGGCAGUUAAACAAAACCAAGACACCAAAUCAAAAGAGUGGCAAAGUGAAAAGACUGAACUUCAAAAAGAAAUUUCAUCACUACAAGAGCGUUUAUGUGGAGGAGGAUGGGAAGUUGAGAAAGCAAGGCUUAAAACAAAAUUGGAUAAAUAUGAGUAUCAAUUACGGGAUACGAUCGAAAAAUACGAUGUUCUUUCACACCAUCACGAGCUUGCUAAAAAAGAGUUGGAAGAAGCUAAGAAAAAGCUGGAAGACUACGAGAGAGUCAGCAAAGUACAAAGAACACUUGCAUCGGAUAACGCCGAGCUUGAGAGAGAAAUGGCGACACUUAAUAAUCGUCUAGAACAAAUGGAAAAGGCCCGAAAGAACGAACUUACUGAAACUAAAAUGCGAUAUGAAGCUCAAAUGAAUACCAUGAGAGAAGAACUAAAAUCACUGCAUAAUCAGGUAUCAAGGUUUAAACGCGAACGUGAUAAUUAUAAACAAAUGCUAGACGCUGCUCAACAAUCCAUGGCCGAGAUAAAGAACGGAAACAAACCACGCUCUGUGAGAUCAUCGGUAUCAAGUACAGACGAUGAAGAAGUUCGUAAUAAGGUUGCUACGUUGGAACAACAAGUGGCGUGCUUGGAGGAUGAGCUCUGCGAAUCCAGAAUGUUGGCGUCAAAGCUUAACACUGAGUUGAUAAGUGAACGUUCUUCAACGGAGGUUCGCUUGGCAGAGAUGCAGUCAAGGCUCAAUGAGUAUGAAGAAGACCGGUUACUUUCAUCAGGACGAGCCCGAGUGGCUGGCAUGGCUACUCGCAUGGAACUGGCCUGGCAUAAAGAACGAGACGAACAACAGCGACUCUUGCAAGAAACUUCUACUCUAGCCAGAGACUUGAGACAAACUCUGUUUGAGCUUGAACGUGAAAGAGAUAAGGAGAGGCUCGAUAUGAAGAGGAGAUUAGAACAAAUAAAGCGCACGACUGAUGAAGAGACUGAGGAAGCUAAGAAGAAGGUGACAGAACUGCAAUGUGAUUUGUUAGAGCUCCGAGACGCGCACGCAAAACUACGGACCGCCAAUGAGAAACUGAGGCGCGACAAGGAACGACACGACCGCGACCGAGACCAAAACAAACUGCUUGUGUCGUCGCUCAAACGUUCCCAACAGGACGACGAUAGAGUGAUAACUCAACUAUUAGAAACUAUCGACGACCUAAUAAAGCAAAGUCCCAAUUUGUUCAAAUCUGAGACUCCAAUAAAGCCUGAGAAAACCCUCGCGACGCCAACUCCCCCCAGAAGAAAUAGGUCGUCGAAGUCUCGGUCUCGUUCGGCGACACCGGAGCAGGCUGCCGCGGAGACUAGUGUGACGUCGACGGGCGCGCGGCUGCGGCGGCUCGCUGACGAGCUACGAGCGUCCCGCAUCGCCGAGCGGCAACGCAGGCAACAAGCCAGCGCCAGGCGUGCUAUGUCUACGGAGCCUCGUGAAGCCAUGACAGUUACUUCAAGAACGACCACCCGUGCACCCUCGCUUAAGAAACGAUCCAUAUCUCUUGAACAAACAACCAAAGAACAGUCGUCCAUUUGGAAGUCAGUGGACGAGAGUAGCGUGUCGUCUAUGCAAUCUUUAGACGGCGAUGAUCGCCUGUUCACCAUGCAACGUGACCCGAGCCUAGACAGCCGUCUGUCCGGCGGUUCAGCCCAGAGUGAAGUAUUGCCGACAGAGAAAACGAAGAAAAAGAGCUUUUUUGGGAAACUAAAGAAGCUGACGAAAGCUCGAUCUGUCGAUAACAAUGUAGAUUCACAAGUCGCAGACUUUACAUCCAUCGGCUCCAUCUCGCAGCAGGGUUCCGACUCGGAUGUGAGCGCAGCGGGCAGCAAGAAGGACCUGCGCGGGCGAUUGACUAACAUGUUCAGCAGGAAGGGACAAGUCUCGCGCGGUCACAGCAAAGAGAAAAGUCCUGACAAAGGCUCGUCGAGCACACCGCGGCCGAUUCUUCGUAAUGCCAGCUCGACCACUCUCCCGCAAUCUACCACUUCGAUAACAAGUGACGCACCAAGUACGAGGGCAUCUAGUACCACACCAGCUACCAAGAGGAAGGGGAAAUAAACAAUUUACAUCGCGUCAAUAUAUUAACCAACCCAAUACUAUAGAGUUAUAUCACAAUACAUAUCAUUGAUAGUACGAUCGCCGUGCCUUAACCAACCAACUCAAGCGUUAAGCAACAGAUACCGCCAAAUCGAUACCUCAGCUCCAAAGAGGAACAAUUCUGAAAAGGGUUCUCAAACAAAAUUAAAAAAACGACUCGAGUUGUUACUGUUUGAAACGAAAAUAUUCUUAGACCUUUAAAGAUGACAAGCUGAUGACCGCGACUUCAUCGAUGAUGUGAUUUUAAAUAAUAAGCAGGUUUAGAAUUGAAGAUUAUCUAAUGUCCUAUUCCAGUUCCGAUUCCCGUUUUCUCUCCGUUCCCAACAUAUUAUAUGAACCUUAUUUGGAAGGAGAUUGCUAUGGCCAAUUAAACCUACUCUUGGUAUAGUUAUAGCUCAUCAACGUGAAUUUCUGUUAUUACAAAUCCCGCGGAAGGAUAAAAUGUAACCUAUGUCCUUUCCCCAGCUCUAGUCUACCGCUGUACCAAAUUUCAUCAAAAUCGAUUCGGUAGCUCCGGCGUAAAAGCGUAACAAUAUAGUUAUUUAUGCAACUGUUGUGUAAUAAGGGGUAUUAAAACACGAAUGAAGGUUUAUAUUUACGGUCAUAGUAGUAUAACAUGAGUGUUUUAAUACCUAAUUAUCAACAGUUGCAUACAAGACUUUAUCUACACCCAUAAUAUGAAUCCUCAAUAAAAGAUUCUGAAUCAGUUAGCUUACUGCUAACAUUAAAAAAGCCAGUCCUAGUAAUCAUUACAUCAUCCAAACGAGUGUUGUAAUGAAAACGGAUGAUAUAGUGUUGUACUGAAUUUCAUUACAACACUCGUUUGGAUGAUGUAAUGGUUAUUAGGACAUUGGAUGUUUUAAUGUUGGCAAUAAGCUAACUGUUUUAGAAUCUCAAAUAGAGGAUUUAAAGAAUGGGUGUAGAUAAACAAACUUACCUUCACUUUUAUAAUAUUAGUAGGGAUACUGGAAGAACUAAACUGCAUUUACUUAUCGACUUGUUUCUCUGUGGUAAUGGAGGGUUAUCUUUUAUGGAACAAUUUCUUACACUUAUCUCAAACUUACUAAUUUUCAGACUCGUUAUACUUUGGAACUGAGGUAUUGAUAUGUAAUACUUUUUCUAUGCUUUACUUUUGUAAUGGAAAUUUCAGUAAUAUGAUUUUUAUAACUAUUUCAUAAUAUCAAUGUGUAGGCUCUGAAAUUAUUAAUUUCAUAGCUGAUAUGUUUACUUAAGAGUUAUCUUAGAUUAACCUACAUAAUAUUAUUGUUUAAUAUAUUAUACUGUUGAAUCUUUAUACUAUUCCGUUUGAUCCUUUAUUAAAGUGUAAGUUUAGCAGG